AGCGCAGCCGCAGCUGGGCGCGAGUCGACGCGCGCGCGCGCCGUCAGUUGUGGCGCGAGUGUGGGACGCAGCGGUUCUGUCGCUGUCCGUGUGAGCGUUUCUGAUGCACGUGUGCAACAACUGGUGGUGGUGAUAGAGAGGAGUGUUCCCAUGCCGACAGCCAUGGCUCGGGGAGACGGCAAAGAGGGGCCGAUCUCGCCGCACCAGGCGCCGCUGCUGGAGCGGCUCAGCUCGCGAGAUGAGGACACUGUGGAGGACGAGCUCAAUGAGGACCUCGGCUACCCCACACUGGGGACCGGCAGGAGGAACUGGCUCGACAGGGCCACAGACCGCUCGUCGUCGGUGCUCAAGUGGCUGCGGCAAAUCACCCGCGGCCGGUACGAGGACUGGCUGUUUCUGUUCCUGCUCGGCAGUCUGAUGGGUCUCUACUCGUUCGGCAUCGACCUCUUCGUCAGCUCCAUGCAGCGCUACCGGCUGGCGGCAUUCAUGGCUGCCCAGGGACUGGCAGCUCAGAUCAUCACCUGGUUCAUCCUGACGGCGGGCAUUGCUAUCAUCGUGGCCCUGACGCUAUCCUGGUUCAUACCGACGGCCGCAGGUUCCGGUUUUCCCGAGCUCAAGGCCUACCUGCAGGGAGUCAAGAUGGAGAACGCCUUCUCGCCGUUCACCUGUAUGGGCAAGCUGGUGUUUUUGCCGAUAAUUCUCAGCUCGGCGCUGCCGCUGGGGCGAGAGGGUCCAAUGACUCAUGUCGCAGCCAUUUUCGCGCUGUUCAUCACCAAGAUCUUCAAGGACAUUUCUGUGGAGGAGCUGGAGCGACACACUGGAAAUGAAUUGGUGGCUGCCGCGUGCACCAUCGGUGUGGCCGUCACCUACGGAGCGCCAGUAGGAGGAGUUCUGUUUAGUAUCGAGGCGACGCGCACCUAUUUCGCGGUCCGCAACUACUGGCGUGGCUUCUUCGCCGCGGUGUGCGGCACCGUGUUCUACAAGGGCCUCUCCCAGAUGUACCUAGGAAUAGACAUUUUGCCGAUGUACAAAGAGACUUACACGGAGCCGCUGCCGUUCAACUUCGAGUUUCUGGGCAUCUCCAUAGCCAUCGGCCUCCUGUGCGGCCUGCUCGGUCCCGGCUGGGUGUGGCUCCACCGGCACCUGGGCUACCUUCUGCAGAAGCUGAACUCGAUGUCACCCGUCUGCCGCUGCUGCUGCACCGCUCCAAAACCGACAAAGGAUGAGAAGGCCGGCGGACAGGCGGAGCAGAAACAACAGAAGAAGAAGCGCUCCUGCAGCCUCGGAGUGAAGACGCACCCUGUGACGGUGUUCCGCUGUCUCUACAACAUCGGCAUCUGCCUGGUGAUCGCGGCCGCCGUGCUGCCCUGGAGGGACGGAUACUCGCCCCUGAUGUCCCACAUCUCCGGCAGACAGCAGAUGACGGAUCUGAUGGCCAACAUCUCCUGGAAGCUACCGCCGCUCCCGUCACCCUCCUGUGUGUCCUCGGAGGGCAAUGAGCCGCUCAACUGCACGGCCGGCCUGCCGUGCCCCGCCGAGGACGACCCGGAGGACUGCGAGGACCCCCCGGGGCUCACCGACCACCAGAAGGCCACCAGGGACCGGACGGAGGAGAUUGCCGCCCGAUGGACCGACGACUUCGCGCUCGACUACCGAGCCGUGCUCGUGCUGUAUGCGCUCUUCUAUGCGUUCGGCACGCUGCUCUGUGCCAGUGUGACGCUGCCGACGGGCGCGCUCAUACCCAGCUUCAAGGUCGGCGUGGCCAUCGGUCGGCUGCUGGGGGAGUUUUACUGCACGUACCGCAUGUCGGUCUGUCUGCCCAACCCGGCCGUCAUUAGCGGGUUCGCGUGUAUGUGCGGCGCGGCUCUAACUGGCGCCAUCACCCACUCCAUCUCCAUAUCGGUGAUCGUGUUCGAGCUGACCGGCCAGAUCACCUACGUGCUGCCCAUCCUGAUCUCGGUGCUGGUGGCCAACGCGCUGGCCCGCCACCUGCAGCCGUCCUUCUUCGACAGCGUCAUCAAGUCCAAAAAGAUCACCGUGCUGCCCAAAAUGGUGCUCUCCAAAAUCCCAGGAGGUUACGCCAAUAUUCGCGCCCAGGACCUGAUGUCCACCGAGUUCCGCGUGUUCACACAGCGGGCCACCCUGAACAGCCUGAGGAAGAUGGUGCGCUACGUACACGACCCGGCCAAGGUGCUGCCGCUCGUCGACGACGAAGUGAGCAUGGAGCCGCUCGGAUUGGUGCACGUCCGUCGGGUCCGCCGCCUGCUCCGCGAGGAGCUGGGUCAGCUGGCCUGGAACAGGGACAAGCCGCGCGUCUAUCUCACCAUGAACGCCUUCAAGGCGCUGGACUGGGACCGCGUCCGUAACGCGCCGGCAGUGGGCCAGUUAGGCCUGGAGAUUGACCGGCCGGGCUCCACGUCUCCCCGUCCCGGCUCACCGGCCGGUGACACCGCCUCUCCGACCUUGCCGAGACGCAACUCUGCGGGUCAGCUGGCCUUCGAGGACAGCCACCCGGAGACGUACUGCACCGUCAACACCGGACUCAUGGACGGCGUCAAGGCACGUCUGAUGGCCCGGAAGCGCGGGCCAGCUCAUCUGAUCGUCCCCCGUCGACCCAUUAACGUGCGCGGCCAGCGGGCGGGUCCGGAGGCGCCGUUGGGCCCGCUGACGACCGUUCAGGAGACGCCGCACGAGCCGGCGGCGGCGGCGGGCGGCCGCCGGUCGCGGUUCGUCAUUAGGCGGGUGGAGGAGAGCGCCGCCGCCACCUCUGAGGCCGAGAAGGAGCCGCUGAUGGCGCCCGAGAUACAGGUCAACGGAGCGGGAGAGGGGCAGAAAUGUAACGGCUCGGCCGGGGACGCAGACGACAGCGCCAUCUCCAGCGGCGAUGUGACUACAGCGACACCGUCAGAUGGCAGCAGGGGUCACCGGCGCUCGGCCUCGGACGCGCUCCUCCAGAGCAGCACCCACCCUGACGGCACGCCGCGGCGCAAGGCCAGCGACCCAAACGACGUGUACGACUCGCUGGUCUCCAACUGCUCGCGGGCCAGCCGGCUGAGGGACGGCAUCGCCAAGAUGCUGCCCAAACGCUCCGGGAACCUGAACCUGGAGGAGCGGAAGCAGAACGCCCAGCAGCGGCUGAACCGCCAGUUCAGCCUGUCCGACCUGCACCAGGGAGAGGGCGACACUAUGAACAUGACGCAGUUCUUCCAACGAACCCUGGACAGGACGUCCAACAUCUUCAGCGGCAUGAAGAGCACGGAGCCCAGUGAGACCGAGGUGCGUCUGCGGCGGGCCUGGCGGCGGCGCCAGCUGAACCGCGAGGUUGAGCUGCGCGAGGUGAUCGAGAUCGACCCGUUCCCGCUGGCCGUCAACGUGGACACGCCACUGGUGCAGAUACACAAGAUGUUCGCCAUGCUGUGCGCCAACCGGAUGUACGUGAUGGACCGGCGCCGGCUGGUCGGCUGUCUGACCCUGCAGAGGCUCUCGGAGUUCAUCACGCGGGGCUGUGUGGAUCAGCCGCCGGCGCCGCCCGCAGCCGAGCCGGACAAACACCCACCAACCGUGGCCAGACGGGACUCGCAGGACACCCUAGACGAUGUCGACGAGGGGGUGUACGACACAAUCACAGAGCCGCCCGGACCGCUGCCCACUGCGGCAGCAGCGACAUCUGCCGUCUGAGCCGGGUACUUCGAGUUACAACCGCCGCCGAUAGGUUCCCAUGAAUCGAGGGUUUUUAGGUUUUUAGCAAGUGUUGUUUCAAAUGUUUCAUGCAUCUUUUUUAGAGAGUUGAGACGGGUGGUUUGCAUCAAGCCAUUCGCAGGUCGUUGGCUUUUUAUAACUUAUGAAUACGAACAAAGUGACUGACGAUGGUUUUGCUAUAGUUGACUUAAUAAAGAAAACCUUUUUAUAUAAA